UGCGGAUCGGGAGGAGGAGAAGUAGUCGUAGUUGUACUACUACCUUAGCGUCUCUAAAAGUACGUGUCGUUUGUUUACAAUCUUAUGUGUUCCUGGUUGUAGGGAUAGCCAGCUAAUACUUAAUGUCAGACUGGUGUAUGAGGGAUGGAUGGAUGGAUCAAACUUUAGAAACGCUGCAUAGUAACGGUGAUCAUGAUGGCAUUGACAUCAUGUCCUGGGUCUCAGUGUGUCCCAGAGGCCUCUGGAAAGUCCAGCAAAAACGAACAGGCCAUGGGAGUCAACAGACUGUUUAUAAUUCUGGAGAUGAUGCUGCAUGUUCAUCCAGUUACUGUCCAAGGUUGGGUUCACUGUGUCGAGUCCGAGUGCGACUCAAAGCUGACAUGGACGAAGCAGAGAGUUUAGUGUCUGAAAAGGGAAAUGAGAAGCUGUCGGUUCAACCAGACCAGUCAGUCCCUGAGGUUACGGAGGAGGUGGCCGCAGCCUUCCCAAGAUGUCAGGACUCUGUACUGCAGGUCCCGCUGGGUGACUGGACGACGCUGAGGCUAGGGGAGGGUCAGUGUGACAUCACAGAAGCAUGUGUGGAGGGGAUGAGAGCGGGAGAGAAACGUGAGAUUCUGAUUUCUCCACUGGGAAUUGGACCAGAUGUUUCUGUUCCCCAGUCAGCUGAGGAAAACCUGCCUUUGUGUGCCACAGUUGAACUCAAAGCUUUCACACCAGGCAAGGAAUCCUGGGAGAUGUGUCCGGGUGAAAAGUGGGAGUGGGUGAAGUUGCACAAAGAGAGGGGUGGAGGGAGAUUCAGAAGUGGGGAUGUGUGGGGAGCAGCAGACAGCUACAGUCGGGCCCUCAAACUUCUUAUCACUCUCUAUAGCCACAUGAGAGAGGUGAAGAAAAAAGGAGAAGAGCAAGAAGCAGAGGAGCAGAGAGACAUAAAAACUGGUGAUACAACACAGCACCUGCCUUCAGCUACUGAAUUCAAAACCACCAAAGCAGAGCUCCACUCAAACCUGUCCUUGUGCCAGCUCAAACUGAACCAACCAGAGCAGGCUAAGGCCAAUGCAACUAAAGCUACUCAGCUGGAACCUGGCGGGGCUAAAGCCUGGUACAGGCUGGGCCAAGCUUGCCAGAUGGUGAAUGAGCUGGAGGAGGCCAAGCAGGCAUUUAGGAAACUGCUGGAGAUACAGCCAGAAUCACCUGCGGCUUUGAAGGCACUUAAAAACGUAGCAAGUAGAGAGAAAGAGAAAAACAUACAGUUGGGACUGAGACUCAGCAAAAUGUUCAGCUGAGGAUUCAGUGUCAUCAGUUUAUUAUCAAAUGUAACCUGUAAAAUUGCAUGUUUCUUAUGUUUCACCAUCAAAUAGUACAUCUCGUUGCCACUGUCACAGAUCAAAAGUAAAGCCAUUAAUCUUUGAAACCUGGUUUUCUCCAAACUCUGUGCUGGUUGUGUGUGAGAUUCCUGAAUAUAAAAGUAAAAACCACAUGUCAAAACUUAUUCUGGAGCUAUGAGUGUACUCCUCUAGGAGUGAGGAGUGCACAAACAUGAUUGUAUUGCGUUUGUGCAAUUCAAAUACAAAGCGGAAAAGACCCAAAUGUUGUAGUUGUUGUAUUCGACCACAGGGUGUCAGGUUUUGGCAGUCAUACAGUAUCGACACGGAUACACAGGUUGUGCCGUGUUGAAUCAAAAUGCCGAAACCCGGGAUCGAACCAGGGACCUUUAGAUCUUCAGUCUAACGCUCUCCCAACUGAGCUAUUUCGGCGUAAUAACACUGUUAUAAGCUGUAUUACAAAAAAAAUUGACAUGUGAUGUGUAUUACUGUGUAAUAGCUAUUAC